AUGUCGGUGAGAGUGCCCUCCAGGCGUUCGAUACGACCACUCGUAGUGUCCUUGCCGUCUGUUCCUGCGAGCUCGUUUCUCUCCCUGGGAUGUGGCAAUGGCGCAACGCCGGAUGCCGUUUCCAUCACAGUCUCCGAGCUCGCCAAGGAGCACCCCCAUGCCUUUGACGUGUUGGUGCUCAAGUUUCGCCAGCAGCAACGCGGCCUGCUCUCGAUGCAGGAUGCAUGUGAAGCUAUCAGCAUGGUCCAGCACGAGUUGGAAGAGUUGUGCGGCGCAAUCCAACGGGCAAUCUGCAAGUGGUGUGGGAGCGUCACGGAAGACGACUGGCGACUGGCACGCACCGCCGACACUGCUCUGUCGCCUGCUCUAGCCAAUCUACGUGGAGACGAACACCUGUACUUUGCGCCGACCAGUGACACCGAGCUCACAUGCAUGCGCGCGGCGCGUGGUCCGCCGUUCAAGCGUUGCAGGGCAUACAAGCUCUACCGCGCGCUCCGCCUCGCUCGAGCCCACGUUGAAUUGCCCAAGGACUUGAGUACGAGCUGGCGAGACCUCGAGGACAUGUCCAUCACGUUUGAGGCGACGACCCGGUUGAUGCAUGUCCACGACGACGAACCGCCCACUCCACCGCCGUCGCCCAUGACCCCCGACCCAAGGUCGGAAGAAUGGUGGACCGUCAUGGAAGGCGGUGUCGACAUUUUCGAAGGGCCCUACGGCCGCGACAUCCAGUACAGCCUCGACCGUGCAACGUGGUUGGAGUUGACUCCAGCAGAGCGCCUCGUGGCUGUCCACGCCGGUGGCGCGUUCUUACGAGACGAAGGAAUCCCUAUCGGUCUGUCUGAGAAAGCAAAUUCCGCUGCAGCGCGCCAAGAUCUUGACCACCGCAUGCAUGGCCACAUUGGUGUUGUUGCACGCAAUGGCAUCGCACAGGCGCUGUUCCACCUCCUUGCCCUCCACGAAAUGUGCGGCUCCGUCUACGGCUCAGCCAUCAUCGCUACGCGCUUCCUGCGCUUUUACGUCCUGGCGCCCAACCGUAUUGCAGUUGAGCUGCCCCCCACAGACGGAUACAGCACCACGGACAGACCACCAUUUGAGCGGAUGGGGUUGCCCUACCAGGCACUCUUCACGUCAUCAUCCGCCUACGAGCGCAUACCGCUUUCGUUCACCACAAGCCGCGAGAUCGAAUACCCUACGGACCCGGCAGUGGUGCAUGGCUCGGUAGAGGGGAGAGACACGGCAGACGCACAUGUUGCGGCGGAUCUGCCCGCAGAGCUCGACUCGGAGACUUUGCAGACGUUUGUCAACUAUGGCAUGGCCGCAGUCGUCCGAAUCGCCAAUCUAAAUUACAACCGUCCACUCACGCGGCUACCGACGACCCUCCAAGACGGGGGAGUGGAAGGACUCGAGACACCACGACAGGGAGCUGCAUUACCAGCCGACCUGCUGUCUGCGGUGGAAGGUCUUUCGCUCGUCGCAGCCGUCGACGACGACACGGGUUCCGAAACCUCGAGCGAGGACGUGCCGGACCAGGUGGCGAUCGAGACUGGACCGGUGGACGUGUACGCUCUCGAGCAGGUACUCUCCCACCUCGCAUCCUAUGUUCCAGUGACCUGUGCGGAGAUGGACAUGCUUAUCGCCCAACAACUCGAGGCCGACCUCGUAGCGUACAAGCCCGUAUCCGAUUUCCCGACACCAAUCUAA